GUAUAGGCGUUAAUUUUCUAUCGUUCAAGGCUUGCAAAAUGAAUAUACAUCAUCCAUAUAGAAAGGGAUGCAAAGUUAUUGUUAUUUUGUGCAUUACAGGUGCAUUCUGUUCACUGUCUAAUAUAUUAUAUUUCGUUUAUACAAGAAAAAGAGAGCAAUCCGAUUUUCCAGACAUUGGGAAAAAUGGACGAGACGCACUACCGAACAAUCUGGGGAAUCACAAUAUUCGUCUCUUUUAUAAUCAAACGUGGUUAUCACUGUUAAGUCAUGGCUACUGGAGGCCUAAGUAUGUACCUUUAGAUGAUAAGGACAUUGUAAUAAGCAAUUUAAAACGAAUAAGGAAGAAAAAGAUGAUAUUUUACAGCGACACUUCAAAUUGUGGACAUGUUAGUCUUGGUUAUAGAUCGAUUUGUGAUCCAAAAGACAAAAAAGGCUGUUGCAAAGAAAAUUCGUGUCAAGAUAUUCCAAUGGAAAAUUGUACAUGUUCGACAUGUUUUGACGAGCGGUCACGGAUCUUUCCGGAGUUCCAUGAGUGGAUACCGUAUGGUAUUGACAUGCGCAAUAAUAUACAACGUGACCAUAUAUGUACUGGUCUACGACAUUUAAAUGUGUCAUCAAUGGUUACACUUGGCGAUUCUUUAAUAAGACAAGUAACUGAACGGUUCUGGAGGCGAGUUUACAAAGGACCCGUGACACAUUUACUAUAUGAGGACUCAAAUAAAGAACUUAUUCAAAGUUGUUGUCCAAAUGCGACGGAUUGGGGUUCCUAUAAAUGCUGGGAGAGGAGCUUCGUAGAAAUAUGCAAUGGAAUCAAGUUCUUCUAUAACAAGGUGUAUCGUGUACCAAAAGGUACACCUGAGGAAUUUGCUUUAUUAAGAACACUGAAGAAAGAUCAUCCGGGUCAUAUGCUGGUGUUUACAGACGUUGGGCUACACGACAAUCUUAACACAAAAAUAAUAUCAAUGUACAUGAAAAAACUGCUAGAGGAGACAAAAACCCUUGGUGAUACAGACAUACUGUAUAUGACACCAUAUAUCCCAGGAUUACAGAAAUCCCCAUCGUUUACUGGCCAAACUGAGAAUAAAACAAUUGAGUUUGCUAAUUUCUU